AGGGGAAGAGCAAGCACAAGCACAUCUUCGUCUACCACCAGAGGCCCGACAUUCCGAACGAGGUGAACGAGCCGGUGGACAAUCCUAAGGGCGAGCCCAGGACGAUGAUCACCACGGGCGAGCACGAGGACAUGCGCAUCAAGAGCCACGCCGUGUACUUCCUCCGGAACGUCCCCGACCAGAAGCCCGUGAAGAUGGACAUCGCGAGCGACGGCGAGCUGCUCUUCGGGGAGGUGGCCGCCUCGCCCCUCGAGAGCCUGAGCGCGGGGCUCAUGUCCGUGUUCCGGCCGAUAGUCAGCACUCCCCGCAGCAUAGACUGGGCCGCCUGCGACAACGAGCAGGCCACGGAGUUCUGCACCGUCAUGGACCGCUUCUCCACCGAGCUGUCAGACGGCAUCAAGUCCCUGUCCAGCGGCAUCGACUUGCCCUGCCCAGACGCGGCAGAAUUGGAGAUCCAGCGCUGGCCGAUGACCAGCGACGCUGCCAAGGACCACUAG